AAUAUCCUGAGUAAGCUGAUACUCUUCUCACACAAACAACCUUCAGUACUCUGUAUAACACAAGCACCACCCCUGAUCCUUUCACACUAAUUCAAUCAUUGAAUAUUACCCUUUAUUAACUACAACAUUUGAAGUCUCAUAUUUUAUUCUUCACUUCAAACUCAGCCACCAAGCAUGGCAGCUUUUACACCAAUUGCUCUACAGUACUCAUCUACAUCAUCUUUGCAUUCUUUGCUCCCUUCUUUAGAAGCUUCACGUGAUCAUAAUUCGUGGUGGGGGAAAGUGAGAUCAUACAAAUCCGCAGGAAAAAGACCACUUCAACAAAGGGGUUUGACAAUCCAGAGUGCAGCCACAAAACCAGCAAAGUCGCCAGCUGAAGAAGACUGGAAGGUUAAGCGAGAAUAUCUGGUGCAAAAAAGGGUAAGAAGUGUGGAUGCAAAGGAAGCUCUGCGGCUUCAAAAAGAAAAUAAUUUUGUGAUUCUCGACGUAAGGCCAGAAGCAGAGUUCAAAGAGGCUCAUCCUCCAGAUGCUAUCAAUGUGCAAAUAUACAGGCUUAUAAAGGAGUGGACAGCAUGGGACAUUGCAAGACGUGCAGCAUUUGCUUUUUUUGGUAUUUUUUCCGGGACUGAAGAGAACCCUGAGUUCAUCCAGAGUGUUGAAGCAAAGUUGGAUAAAAAUGCAAAGAUAAUAGUAGCUUGCUCAGCUGGAGGUACAUUGAAACCAUCACAAAAUCUGCCCGAAGGUCAACAAUCAAGGUCUCUCAUAGCAGCUUACUUGCUGGUCCUUAAUGGAUUUUCCAAUGUCUUCCAUCUUGAAGGUGGUCUUUACUCGUGGUUUAAAGAGGAUCUGCCAAGUGUUUCAGAGGAGUAAAUGUAGUGCCAAGAAUGUGUAUUAGUGAAGCGUAGACCUAGUUUUGACCAUGAUGAAAAUACUGAUAAAUGCAUAUAAAGAGUGGAACCAACGAUUGAAAUGUCAUUAUUGAAGUAGUGCGGAAAACUAGUAUGCAAGAAUUGACAACAAAAAUAUCAGGUUACAUUUC